AAUAUUUGUAAACAAACUCUUUUCUUUUGGCGUUUAGGGAGUAUUAUUUGUUUUUUUUUUAUAAUGAUUAGAUAGAUAGUUGCUCUAUUAUAUUAUUAUUAGCACUUGAAAACGUUUCAUAAAAGAGUGCGUACUACACAACCUACAACUAAUAAAAUAUUUGUAAACAAACUCUUUUUUUUUUGGCGUUUAAGGAAUAUUAUUUGUUUUCUCCUUUAUCUUUAUUUUAUUUUUAUUUUUUUUACCAUGGAAAAGAAAGCACGAACAAAACGACUUCCAAGUGAAAUAAACUGGCUGCGUAGUAAUGGUCGUAAUAUAUCACAUAUCGAUUUUUUUAACUUUUUUAAAAGUUACAAUACAAGAAGAGCUCAAACACGAUUCUUAGAAGUGGUCAAUUUCGUAGAGGAUGAGGACUUGAAAAAAAAAAGGUUGGUAGACGAUUACAAUGAAAGGCGUAGAAAAAAAAGUUCAAGAGACUUCUGGAAACAACGAAAUGAACAAGUAAGCCAACUCAGCACUGAAUAUUUUCCUCCUCCUCAACAAAAUGACAGCAGCAGUUCUUCAAGAACUACUAUUACUACUACUACUACUACUACUACCACUACACUAGAAAGCGUUGAAACAAUUAGUUUUGAGGAUGCUAAAGCAAUUAUAGCUGAAAAUAUGACACCUGUUAACAACUAUAAUAAAUACUCGAAUUCUUUAUCACAAUUCAAGAGUGAUAUAUUUGAAUCGUUAGAGACUUCACUCACAUAUGAGUCACACUUGCAACAAUUACUUGCACUCUCCAAUAUUUUGUACAUCGAAAAAAACUCAUUCUACCCUGGAUUACAAAAUUAUUUUGAAGAGCCUAUGAAAACAAUCCGUCAAACCAUGUAUAAUUCGUUUGGCUUCAACCAAUUACACCAUAAAUUUCCAAUGAAUGUUAUGAUGACUUUAAUUACGAUUAAAGAAUUAUUUUAUUUACAACAAAAAUUUUUUAUAACAAAAAUUUAAACA